AUGUUGAUCAUACGAAGAGUAUUGCAUGUUGAAGUUUCUCUUGAUAAUGAGCAAAGGGAGAACAUCUUUCACACCCGUUGCACUAUUAACGGGAAGGUAUGUUCGGUGAUUAUCGAUGGUGGGAGUUGCACCAACGUUGCUUUGACAACCCUUGUCGACAAGCUGAAGCUUCCAACAACGAAACAUCCUCAACCAUACAAGCUCCAAUGGCUCAAUCAAGGAAAUGAUCUCAAGGUAACCAAACGAGCUCUUAUAUCGUUUUCGAUUGGGAAGAACUAUCGAGAUCAAGUUCUGUGUGAUGUGAUUCCCAUGGAUGCAUGUCAUUUGUUAUUGGGAAGACCUUGGCAAUAUGAUAUGAAUGCUGUGCGUGAUGGUCAUAAGAACACAUACUCUUUUCGAAAGGAACAAAAAUGCAUCACCCUUUUACCCUUGAAUCCUUCAUUGAUACAUCGAAAUCAACCUGGGGAGGGAAACACUGGUAAGGAAAGUUUGUUCUUAAAUGAAACACGGGUUGAGAGAGCCAUUAGCAAACAAAAGAAUGUAUUUGCUUUGCUUAUGGUAGAGAAAAAGAGUGAGAUAGAGCGACCCAUUCAUCCAAAGAAGCAUCGCUUGUUGAAAGAUUUUGCAGAUGUGUUCCCGGAGGAUUUGCCACCUGGAUUACCUCCCAUAAGAGGUAUUGAGCAUCAAAUUGAUUUGAUCCCCGGCGCUCCUUUACCAAACAAACCAGCUUGUCGAUGUAAUCCGAAGGAAACAAAGGAAUUGCAAAGACAAGUCGAUGAACUUAUCGACUGA